AUGCCCAAGUUCGUCCCAAGACAGCGUAAGCACAAGGUGCUGGCCCGAGAGAAGGCCAAGGGGAACGGUGUCAUCGACUUGGACACCAACACGGAUGAGAUUCUCCCCGAGGACCAGAAGCGCCUCCAGGAGAAGAGGGAACAGCUCAAGGCUGAACUGCAAGGGGACGGGGUCAAGGCUAGCGGCAAGAAGGCGAAGCGUCUGGAAAAGUACAUCACCAACAAGCUCCGCAAAGAUGAAAACCGAGAAAUCCUUGCCAAGCUUGCCCAGCAAAAGGUCGAUACCAGUCUCUUUUCCAGUACCAAGACCCUCGGCCAGGGCAAGGAGACGAAACGGCAGACUCUGAUCCGUACGCUCAGAGAGAAGAACGCCGGUUUGGAAGUCGACCCCGAUGCGGAGGAGCUUCUUUAUGAAGAGAGGAAAGAUGCGCCCGAGCCGGACUCUGACGACAGUGAAGCCGAGGCGCCCAAGGCUAUCAAGCCAGCACCCAAGCCUCAGGCACCUGGACCGGCACAAGCAGCAGCACCACCACCACCAACAUCGACGUCAGUAUCAGCUUCGGUAUCAGCAUCAUCAACAGCACCCGCGCCUGUUGCAAAGCCGGAGCCUCAACCCCCCGCCUCCGUCGGUUCCGGCUUGAAACGCCCGCUUGAUGUCGACGAGGCAGGGCGGCCAGUGCUCCGGAAACGCCAAAAGAGAGGCGGUGUGGUUUCCAAAUUCUCUAUCGCCGAACCCGAAAAGGUGAAGGACGCGGAGGAUGAAUGGGGUGGUAUCAGCAAUGACGAGGACAUGGAGGACCAGGGAUCUGGCGACAACGAGGAAGAGUCUGAGGAGGAAUCCGAAGAAUCAAGUGAAGGGUCCGAGGAAGAGUCAGAAGAUGACGAUGAAGACGAGGACGAAGACGACGACUCGGGAAACAAGAGGCAGUCUGCGUUCAAGGCCUGGGCCCACGCUCAAAGAAACCAGGCAUUGGGCUACGAACCAGUAACACCGACUUCCACAGCGCUCGAGAUUCCCAGGCCAGAGAACUUUCAACCGCGGCCUCUCGAGCAAGAGCCCCUCCCGCAGGAGCUGCAGCCGACGACGAAUCUUGCGCGCAAAGCGUACGCCGUCCAGGUGACCAGGACGCCGGAGAUUCAAGAAGCGCGCCUGAAGCUCCCGGUCGUCGCGGAGGAACAGAGGAUUAUGGAGGUAAUCCACAACAACGACAUCGUGGUUGUCUGCGGUGCCACUGGUUCCGGUAAGACGACUCAGGUGCCACAGUUCCUCUAUGAGGCGGGCUACGGCUCUCCCGGCUCCGCCACACCAGGAAUGAUCGGUGUCACGCAGCCUCGUCGAGUUGCCGCCGUGAGCAUGUCGAAGCGUGUUGGGCAAGAAUUGGGUGAUCACUCGGACAGAGUCGGAUACCAGAUCAGGUUCGAGGGUACCACAUCGGCCAAGACGGCCGUCAAGUUCAUGACGGACGGUGUGUUGCUGCGAGAGAUGGCGCAGGACUUCUCCCUCAAGAAGUACUCGGCAAUCAUCAUUGACGAAGCUCACGAGAGAAGCGUCAACACGGACAUCCUGGUCGGCAUGUUGAGCCGCAUCAACAAUAUCCGCAAGGGCGACGACAAGAUUGACCCCUCAAUCAAGCCACUCAAGAUCAUCAUCAUGUCCGCAACGCUAAGAGUCGAAGACAUGACCAACAACACCACACUGUUUCCCACGCCACCACCCGUGGUCGAGGUUGAGGGACGACAGCACCCCGUCACGAUCCAUUUCGCCCGGCGCACCGAGACCGACUACGUCGACGAGGCCUUCAACAAGAUUAUACGCGGUCACAAGAAGCUGCCUCCCGGAGGCUUCCUGGUCUUCCUCACGGGUCAAAACGAGAUCCGGCACCUGAGCAAGCGACUGACAGAAGAGUUUGGUGGUUUCACCGGAGUAAGCACGCCCAAGGUCGAGAUCUCCGCCACGGAUGCACCUAUUGAGGUUGAGGAUAUCGAUUUCGGCGAGGUUGACGAUGCGGACGUGGCCGAUUUUGACGACGGACUGGACGACGACGACAACGAUGAUCAUAAGCACGAAGACGACAAGGAGUUCGAGAUUGAAGGAGAGGAGGGUGAGACGGGCCCGCAGAAGAUGCAGGUCCUGCCCCUCUACUCGCUGCUACCCACCAGGGAACAGAUGAGAGUCUUUGACGACCCCCCCGAAAACCAUCGUCAGGUUAUUCUGGCGACCAACGUCGCGGAGACCAGUUUGACGAUCCCGGGCAUCCGGUACGUCUUCGACUGCGGCCGUUCCAAGGAGCGCCAGUACGACCGGCUCAGCGGCGUGCAGACGUACGAGAUCGGCUGGAUUAGCAAGGCCAGCGCCAGCCAGCGCGCCGGUCGUGCCGGCCGCACGGGACCCGGCCACUGCUACAGACUCUACUCUUCGGCCGUCUACGAGAGAGACCUGCCCGAGUUCACGGACCCCGAGAUCCUGCGGAUGCCCGUCGACGGGGUGGUCCUCCAGCUCAAGGCGAUGAACCUGUCCAACGUGGUCAACUUCCCGUUCCCGACGCCGCCGAACCGUAUGGGUCUGCAUCAGGCCGAGAGGCUGCUCACGUACCUCUCGGCCAUCACACCGGCCGGGCAGAUCACCAAGAUCGGAUCGACCAUGUCCAUAUUCCCGCUCUCGCCCCGUUUCGCGCGCAUCCUUCUGGUAGGCCACCAGCACGAUUGCCUGCCGUACACCAUCAUGAUGGUGGCGGCGCUCUCGGCGGCCGAGAUCUUCGUGCCGGAACACCAGGCGAUCCCGUCGCUCGCGGCGCGCGACGAGUCCGAGUUCCGGUCCAACGCCGACGUGAUCGCCGAGGAUCGGCAGGCCAACAUCCGGCGGCUGUUCAACGCGGCGCACAGGAACUUCUGCUACCUGGACGACCGGUCGGACGCCAUCAAGCUGCUGCAGGUCGUGGGCGAGUACGCGCACGACCCGACGGAGAAGUGGUGCGAGGACCACUUCGUGCGGUUCAAGGUGAUGAAGGAGAUCACGCAGCUGCGGCAGCAGAUCACGGAGCUCCUGCGGGCCAACAUCCCGGCGUUCAAGAACCUCAAGUACCAGGACCGGCUGGACGCGCCCUCGGACAAGCAAGUGGCGUAUCUCAAGCAGAUGGUGGCGGCCGGGUUCAUCGACCACGUGGCGCUGCGGGCGGAUAAGUCGGCGGUGCCGCCGGAGCUGGCGCGCAAGCCGCGGCGGGCCAUCGACGUGCCGUACGUCCCUCUCGUGCCGCUGGGCGCGGGCCACGACGCGGACAAGUUCGUCUACAUCCACCCGACGUCGCCGCUCUCACACCUCAGCCCGCAGGAGUGCCCCGAGUUCGUCGUGUACUCGCACCUGCAGCGGGCGACGCAAGGGGCGGACCCGAACAAGACGCCCAAGACGAGGAUGCAGUCGCUUACGGAUGUGACGGGCGGGCAGCUCGCGAGCCUGGCCAAGGGGACGCCACUCGUGAGCUACGGCAAGCCGGUCAAAGAGAUAUCGUCGACGGCGAGCAAGCGCGAGGUCUGGGUGGUGCCGUACCUGAGGGCCGAAGGCGUCGGCGGUCAAGGGUGGCCGUUGCCGAUGAAGAAGGUCACGCAGCGCAAGGUCGCUGGAAAGGGGUGGGUUGUAGAAUGA